CGCUCAUAAAUUACCCUCAGCGUUCCGUGUGUCUUCACAGAGUUUAAGUGCGCGUCGGCUCAUUUCACACCCUUCACACAGUACGCAGUACACACACAACGUAGGGAGCAUAAUCAUCAUAUUUCAUACCCCACUCACUACACUAAAAUCUUCUCUUUCUCUUUCGAAACCCCAACAAAUUUGCUGUUUCUCACACCAUUUUCAUCUCUGUAUUCGACAAAUCCCAUUAACAUGGCUCCCCUUGCUUGAUUAGAUAGUUUUCUAGACUGUUUGAGUAACUUUUUCUUUUCUCUGUUGUUUUUGACAAGAGAUGGAGAGGAAACAAGGGUUUUUCUCCGCUUUAAGAGACGAAGUCAUACGUGGUUUAUCUCCGGUGAGGUCGAGGUCGAAGAGUCCGGCGAGGAGUGGUUCUCCGAUGUCUGCACUUCUUCGCCGACGGCCGAAACAGUUGACAAACGGGGAACCAUUGAUUGGGCGGUCCGGGAGCCUUACCGGAGAGACGCUCGCGCCGCUGUAUGAAGGGCCUGAUCAAGAAGGGUCGGAGCUUGGGGAGUCGAAACGGGUCGGGUCGGUUAUUGGACACUGGAUGAAGGGUCAGCUUUCUAGAACUCCGUCCAUGACAGCUACCAUGGCUUACAAACAUAGGUCUGAUUUGAGGCUCUUGCUUGGCGUAAUGGGCGCACCAUUAGCCCCAGUGCACGUUAGCACCAAUGAUCCUCUCCCUCACCUUAGCAUAAAGGACACUCCUAUUGAAACUUCAUCUGCUCAAUACAUACUACAACAGUACACAGCCGCUUCCGGUGGUCAAAAGCUUCAAAACUCCAUAAAAAACGCUUACGCCAUGGGAAAAGUGAAGAUGGUAGCGUCAGAGUUCGAAACCGCAUCAAGAGUAAUGAAGAACAAACACGGCGCCAGAGCCGCCGACACCGGCGGAUUUGUUCUAUGGCAGAUGAAUCCCGAUAUGUGGUACGUCGAGCUCGCCGUCGGCGGCAGCAAGGUUCACGCCGGUUGCAACGGAAAUCUCGUUUGGCGCCACACGCCAUGGCUCGGCGCCCACACCGCCAAAGGCCCCGUUAGACCCCUCCGUCGCGCCCUUCAGGGGCUUGAUCCAAGAACAACUGCGAGUAUGUUUUCUGAUGCGAAAUGCGUAGGGGAGAAGAAGAUGAACGGGGAAGAUUGCUUUAUCCUAAAACUCACUGCUGAUCCGCAGACAUUGAAAUCGAGGAGCGAAGGUCCGGCUGAGAUCAUACGUCAUGUACUUUUUGGGUAUUUUAGUCAGAAAACAGGACUCAUUGUUCACAUGGAGGAUUCACAUUUGACUCGAAUUCAAACGAAUGGAGGUGACGCUGUGUAUUGGGAAACAACAAUUAAUUCAAGUAUGGAGGAUUAUAGAUCUGUGGAAGGUAUAAUGAUUGCCCAUUCAGGUCAUUCAGUCGUUACCCUUUUCAGAUUUGGUGAAAUGGCAAUGAGUCAUACUAAAACCAGAAUGGAAGAAGCAUGGUCUAUUGAAGAGGUUGCCUUCAAUGUCCCUGGCUUGUCAAUUGACUGUUUUAUCCCUCCCGCUGAUUUAAAAUCCACUUCCAUUUGUGAAACAUCCCAACUCCACGAGGACCAAAGAGGAAAUCCAAAUUCCAAUUCCAAUUCUGCCCUUGUGGUUUCGGGUCAUCGGGCAAAGGUUGCUGCCCUUGUUUAGGUGCGCGAUAUGGAUAUAUAGGGUCAACAGUAGUUCCUGAUUGACUAACAUCUUAGAAGUUAGAGAGUAGGGUAGAAGGGUAUUUAAGUAAUUUCACAACCUGGGCCCAGGGCGGAGCUCGGUUUUUUUCUUCUUUGAAAUGGAGGUUUAUUUUUAGUUCACCUUCCAUACACUUGGGGUUUAUGUUUGUUCCUAGUAUUAUUAUUAUUAUUAUCUUUGUUUGUUAAAAGAUCAAAAAGGGGGUUUUCUGAUCUUUUUUUUAUAUAAGUUGAGGUUUUUAGUGACCUAUUGUAACCAAAAUGUUACCGAA